AUGUUGAGGCAUCCAAAAUACGUGUAUGGUCCAGAUAUGCAUCUUAUACCGGCGAAAUUAAAUUUAGGUGAAUUUUUAAUUCAAAGACUAAGCGAACAUGGAAAUAAGAUUGCGAUGAUUAAUGGUGCCACUGAUGAGAGACUUACAUAUAACGAACUGGUUCAAAUAUCCAUGAAUAUCGCCGUUUCUUUAGUUCAAAUCGGCGUAAAAAGGGGAGAUGUUGUGGGGAUAUGUUCUGAGUCAAGAUUGGAAAACUGGUGCACUGUUUUUGGAAUAACUUGCACUGGUGCAGUGAUGACGCCUUUAAGCAUUGGAUAUGUAAAAGAUGAACUGAAACACGUAAUGAACAUUUCGAAACCAAAGUUCCUCAUCUGUUCAAUGCAAGGUUAUAAAGCACAUGAGACCAUUUUCAAGGCGUUGGAUUUUAUAAAACAUAUAAUAUUAUUUGGAGAUGAAAGGCUGGAUGGUGCUUUACUUUUUAAAGACCUAGCGACAGCGGGGCCAAAUUCAAUAAUAUCAAAUAAUGUGAAAUUCGAAGAGUUUCAAGGCGUCGAAGUGAAGGGGCAGUCUGAUACAGCUUUUAUCAUGUAUUCAUCUGGUACGACUGGACUACCAAAGGGUGUUGAGCUAAGCCACUUGAAUGUAAUCUCUGCAAGCUCUUUUAUUGAGAUUAUGUCAGAUUCAAAAGAAGAUCGGUUGGCUAAAAAGAGAUUGUCUGAACGACGUCGGAAAGCUCGCAUUAAGAGUGAUCCAGAGCUUUACGCAGUGCACAAAUAG